AUGUCAGCAAGGCCUUCGAUGUCCAAGACGAGCUUGAGCCAACAACUCCUUAGACCUUUCAGGUCCUCUCGCUCUUCCGCCGCCCCGCCCUCUCUUGCCGCUUCUUCAGCGACCGCGUCGCCGCUACCUGGAGCAGUGGACCACUCACUUGCCGAUGCGCUGACCACCUCCGCACCUCUGCUACCCACGGAUGCUCUCCCCGCCUCUGCUCCUUUGUCCAGGUCCGACUUUGAGAAGGAUGCCGCAGAGCUAAGGUCUCCUCUCCCGCUGUCGCAGCCCAAGCGCGAUGAGGUGGUGGCGGACAGAGAAAGACGAUUGA